AUGCUGAUCACCCCUCGAACUUACUCAGCUUCGCAAAUCCCCCAAGGAGCGACCAGCCGCGCUGAAAGCGCUUCCCGCUACCAUACACUCGCGGGUUGGCGCCAGAUUCCCACGGAGUCUAUCUCGGGUUCCGAGAUGCUGUUAGCCCAUCAGACUGGUAGUGUGCGUGUCGGAGAAAUCGCCAGAUACACCUUCACAUAUACACCAGGAUCAGACCCAAUCCUCCCCCUUCCCUCCGAACUCUACGUCCGGGUCAAAAACACCUCCGCAAUCCCCCUACGAGCCGCAUAUCUCCAUGGCCCAUACACCCUCUACGCCGCCUGCUACCCAUCCAAAUUCGACCCCAAUGCCAAGUACACCGAGCAAGACUCCGAGGGGGCCCCGCAAUUCGAGCCAUACCUGAAAGCCGGGGGAAACUGGGACGCAACGAUUAAGAUCCCGACCUAUUUCGGAGAUUCACAUGCUCUCUCCGCAGGCCGGACUGCGCCUGGACAGGAUGACAGUGUAACUUGGAUCAUCGAGAUCGUGUCGCAGGUCAUUUUCUCCAACAGCGCCGUAGUCCACUUUGAGCUAUUGGUCGGCCGAGAUGCAAAGUCCAUGGAAUUCUUUUCUAGCGGCGGGUCGUCGACGGCGAGUCUCGGUCCUCCGGGGAAAUUCAAUGAGCUUUGGGGACCGGGAUCGCGGGGUCAGCAAGUAUCUCCUUCAAAUGGGAUCUUUUCACAGGCUGUUACGCUUCGUGUUGAUGAUACGGCUAGUUUGUGGAAUAGUCCGCCGCUGCCCUCGGUACCGUCACAGCCUACCAAGACAGAGACGGAUGAAGUCGGUGAUAUCACGUCUAACUUGCAGCAGCUCGAGAUGACUGCCCCCGAAACGGAAACAGAAACAGAAACAGAAACACCGGCUUCAAAGCCCUCCUCCAAGCCGCCGAAAAAGAAGAUCCACCUGGUCGUACUGACACAUGGCUUGCACAGCAAUCUCGGCGCGGACAUGCUCUAUCUAAAGGAAAGCAUCGACGCCGCCAUGAACAAGACGCAAAAGCAGAAGCAAAAAGAAACAGGCGUCGACGAAGACGCCGAACAAGUCAUUGUCCGUGGAUUCUCCGGCAACGCCGUCCGCACCGAGCGCGGAAUCCAAUAUCUCGGAAAACGCCUAGCAAAAUACAUCUUGCUAAUGACAUACCCGGACCAACCCUACUUCCCACUAAAGGGAACAAAGACGAAGCCGUUUUUCCACACUCGCAAGGAACAGACACAGACACAAGCACAAGCAAAGCCCUCCCUAGAACCACACUCCGUCCCCGAAACCCGAGAAGGAUCUUCAGAAGAAGACCACCCCUACCAAAUCACCAGUAUAAGUUUCGUGGGACACUCGCUCGGCGGCCUAAUCCAAACAUACGCAAUCGCCUACAUCCAAAAACACAGUCCGGAAUUCUUCACGCGAAUCCAACCGAUCAACUUCAUCGCGCUCGCAACGCCGUUUCUAGGCCUGAGUAAUGAGAACCCGAUGUACGUUCGCUUCGCAUUGGAUCUAGGCCUCGUAGGCCGAACAGGACAAGACCUCGGCCUCAGCUGGACAGCGCCCAAAGUCCGAAGUGGAUGGGGCGCAAUCAUCGGCGGUCGAGGCUCGGACUCGGGGAAAGAUGCAAGUCAGCCCUCUGACCCGGGGGCAAAACCGCUAUUGCGGAUCUUGCCUUGUGGGCCUGCGCAUGAGGUUUUGAAGAAAUUCCAUCAUCGGACGCUCUAUUCGAAUGUUGUUAAUGAUGGGAUUGUUCCGCUGCGGACGUCCUGUCUUCUUUUCCUCGAUUGGCGCGGUCUUGAUCGUGUCGAGAAGGCGAGGAGGGGGAAUGGGAUUGUCGGCACGAUGGCUGAAUGGGGCUGGGCUGAAUUGACGGGCGCGAAUUCCAAAUCUUCGCCUAAAUUGGCUCGAUCUGAUAUACCCGAGCUAGGUGAUGGGGAUCGGGCUUCUGCUGCAUCUGCGUCUGCACUGCAAGGCGAAGUCGCCAUCGGAGUGAAUAGCUCGAAUUCAACGCCAAACGCGGAGCAAUUCCUCGUUCAACACAGACCCCCUUCACGCCACAGCAGCAUGCACGAAUCUACGCACGAGAAUACCGGGCCCUUGAGCAGUUUUCUAUCUCUAUUUCGAAAAGAGAGUAAACCAACCCCGAAUCCCAAACACAGCACCCCUCGCGGCAAGCAUGCAAAGAUCUACAAACGAAGCCAGACCCUCGGAUCCUUCGACACGGAAGAAUCCCCCUCAGCCGUGAGAGGUAACUCCCUCUACGAAGAAGACGCCGGAGUCUACACGCCGCCCAAAACAACAUUCUUCGAAUCAGCGGGCGAUUUGCUCAUGCCGCCACUGCCACCGAGCGAAUUCAUCCUUGAUCCGGCCGCGCGGUCCAGAACUAUUUUCCACGAUAGAAUCUACCACCCGGACGAUAUCCCGCCUCCGAUCCCGAAGCGACGAACGACAGCCUUCGGAUCCUUGCAACACAGCAAAACGGGAUCUAGUUCGAAAACAGUGCCCUCGUCAACGAGUCUAGGCGCGGGACAGAGCCAGAAUCAGAACCUAGGCGAAAGCGGUCUCAAAGUUGAAGAGAAGAUCGCGCGCGCUUAUCACCGCGAUCUCACCUGGCGCAAGGUCCUCGUUCGACUGGAACCGGACGCGCAUAAUAAUAUCAUUGUGCGGCGCAUGUUCACUAAUGCUUAUGGGUGGCCUGUUGUGAAACACCUCGUUGACACGCACUUUGGUCCGGAUUCUAUUUCCGAAGACGAUACGCUCAAUCGGGACUCUGAUCGGGCUAAGUCGCCGAAUGUGGGGCCAACGAGUUCGGGGGAUGAGGUUGAAGGGCAGUGCGAUGGGUCUGAAAGGUGUCAUGCAGGUACAACUGCAGGUGCAGAUGCAGGUGCAGGUGCGGGUACGGGUGCAGAUACGCCUCGCGCCGAGACAGAGACAACCCAAGGCUGCAAGAACAAGGACGAUCUCACCCCAACGUGCGAACGAUGCGAGGCCUUCCCUGAGACCUUCGAUGGCGAGUCUCAUAAAACAGCCAGCACGCAUGCACGUUCGCAUACGGAUGUUUCGCGGCAGGACUCGGCGCGGUGGACGGAUCGGCAGGUCGAUGAGGAUAAUGGUUGUGAGUCUGGUUUGGAUGAUGAUGAUGAUGCGGGUUAUCGCUGGUCUCCGGCUUUGAGGAGUAGUCCUGGGUAG